AUAUUAUCGCUAGUUAUAUUUUUUACAUAUAAUCAAUUUUAAAUAUCGUGGGACGUGUUAUGGAUUGCCAAAUACACUUUUUAUUCAUUUAUGUACUUUUAGAUAUCUUUAAAAUUAUCGAAAACAAGAAUACAGUCGAGUUAAAAAGACUUCUCUCAAUCCACCCAAACAUCGUCCAUAUGCGAGAUGAAGAUGAAAAUGCACAAUUGCUGUGUACAGCAAUUUUCACCAACGAUUCAUCAAUGGUGAACAUUUUCAUUGAAUAUGGAUGUGAUGUUUUGGCGUAACCUCGAUCUCAGGGCUCUUUUCUCUCUUUUUGAUAUAAGGACGGCGAGACAGAAAUAGCCCUGGCACUGGCUGGUGGUCUUACAAAUGCCGUCUUAAAAAUUAUGGUGGGUAACAUUUAAUAAUUUUGAGGAGGCGAAUGCGCAAUGCAAAACAAGAUGGCGGUGCACAAGGAAACAAAUGAAUUUGGUAAACUUUUUAAAAAACAUAUUUUUGGUACUUUUUUUCAAAGAUCUUUGUUGAGAAGGCAGGUGAAGAAUUUGAAAAGUUCUCACUUGAAACAAAAGUCACCUGUCUUUUUAUUUAUCGUCAAUAGCUUGCAAAUGCUCAUGAAUUAUUUAUGUUUUUAGCAAUAUUAUAAAACAGGUAAAACGUAACAACGUUAAUUUUUUGAAAGAAGUCUUAAUACGUUGAUAUAGAAAUAAAAGUAUAAUCAAAAGUAGUUAAAUAUUAUACACAGCUAGCUAGUAGUUUAGUAGCUAAGUUUUUAAUGUCUAAGAACUCAUGUAAAAAUUUUUCCUUUUACAUCAAAUGAAGAAAAAUAUAAAUGCUGGAGGAACCAUCUCAGUGGACAUAAGCAGAAAGAAUCGGAUCCUUCGUCAGAACAAGCAGAACUUUAUUCAUAAUUUACGUCAAUGUUAUCACAAUCAACGCAAUGACACAAGUCGGUGCUGUUUAAACUAUGCGAUUUGCAAAUACAAAUUUUUGUUUUGCACUUUAAUUUUUUACGGUUGCAAGAUAUAAGUUGCAGAACCCCUUCUGGUGCUGGAAGACGAAUCAUCUAUUCAAUUUCCAAAAUACCAUCUUGAAGGAUCCAACCAUACCCGGUUGCGUUGGGAAUUGACGCAGUGGCGUCGAGAGAUCUCUUAAUUAUCGCCGCAACGUAAGAAACACGUUUGCAGUGAUAGAAUAGAGCGUCUCUAGUCGCAGGUAAUGGGUUAUGGGACUUAAGACCGUAUAAUUCACAUACAAAUUUUUCCAGCAUUGGAAACAGUGACGCAUCAAAUGUGAAAGAAUCACCCAGCAACUGAAAUGUCGUUGGUACUCUUCGUUAUUUUUCAGCAGUUGGAACGAUUUUUUUUACCAAUUCCGUGGAAAGCGCUAGUGUAGUCGUUUCCUGUGAAACAAUGGAUAGCAGGGAGUACUAGGCAACAAACCCUUGCCAACUUCGCUACGCAUAGAUAGAAUAUCAAGCAAUCUUUUUUCUCACGUACUCCAAUUUCCACAAGUAUCUUUAGCCGUAGCUGAUUCUCGAUAUACAGCGCAUAGAUCGGUAUAUCACUAUCGACAGUGUGGAUCAAACUGAUGAAUAAUUUUCUAAUUGAGCAUGAUUGGCACAUAUAAAAAGAACUUUGCGUCGGCUUCCUCUUGAUCUGUAGAUAGUGAAGUUUCUUCGUCGCACGUCACCUGAAAUGUAAAAGAUGGUAAAUACAUGCAUCAAACAUUUUUGAUAUAGUUCAUACAUACAAUAAAUGGGUGAACUUACCUGACCGCCUGCUUGACAUUGCAACUUAUAAAAGCAAGAUCCAACGUUUACGUAAAGGCAUUUUCAAAUGUAGUCAGCUUAACGUUUUCCAGCUGCUGCAACAACACCAUGCCAUCGAAUAUAUGUGCUGCAUCUGAGGGGGUGUCACAUUAACGCAUUAAUAGCAUUUUGCGAAACAUGUUUAAUACUCAUCUACAUUUCAAACUAUUCCCGGAAAGACUACUUUUUCAGCUUAAGUUACGCUUUUUUUGUAAUGUACAGGUAGGACGAGGGGCCUUUUUCUUUUAAAUACCUAGACAGUUUUUUAAUGACUUUUAUCUAAAAUUUGAAACUAUUUGAUAAUUUAUAUGAAAUAAAUAAUUUUUACGUAAUGGCAUAUUUUGGUUUUAGAAGUAUACACCCCCUGAAUAUUUUUACAUUGGAAUGCGUGUGUUCGAUAUCAAAAUUCGAAAUGCGUUAAAUAUGGCGUCUUAAAGUAGUGUAAAAAGAAUUAUUUAUUAUUUGAAUGAUAUUUGUCGAAUGAAAUAAACUUAUUGUGUCCGGUGAAGAUUUUUUUGUUUAUUUUUAUCUAUAGUUUCAUUUUAUGUAGGUUAGAAAUUGUCCUAAAGUAUUGCAUAGUUUUCCAUUUAUUUAUGCUUUCAGCUACCUGACUAUUAGCGUACAGUGCAUUGUUAAAUUCAUUUCUUCACUAGUCCGGAGCAGUUGAAAACUCUCCGUCGUAUCAAGACCAUUAUAUAUUACGCCUCCGUUUCUAAAAUACAAAUAAUUUUUAAUCUCCGGAGAAGAAACACAUUAAGUGUGGUGAUACGAAUUAAAAAUUAUCAAGAAAGAUAAAACAUCCAAUAAAUUGUAUUAAUAUGUUUUUUAAGAACAUACGACACAACCUUGCUUACACACGUUUUUAUAACUCGCGCCGAUAAGUGAUAAAAGUAUACACAAAUUCGUAUGUAGCUACAUAAAAUAUUGCGUGCAUAGAAACGAGGCAAAUCUUGGUAAACAUUAUUCGCGUUCAUAUAAACAUGGAGGAAGACAAUACUAUGAGAGAUAUUUUGCUUAAAAUAAGUGAGGAAAAUAUAGAUUUAGUCUUCGAUGAAACUGAAGAAAAAGCGUGAGAGAAAACAUGGAGGGAAUGCCACCGUUUAAGAUAAAAGAAAUUAAAAUGCAUCGACAAAAAAGUGGUAAACAGCACGGUGUGGCAAUUAUUAACACUUAGGAGCGUGGCAGAAAGUUUAGGGAUGAACUAUACAUAUCUGCUGAUAGCAUUUUCACAUCAACAACUACAUUUGCUCCAAGUAAAAACAGAAUUUUUAAAGACUUAGUUAUGGUCAGCCCUGUAAAAAGUAAUGCUGACAAAAAGGUAUCCAUCUAACGUUAUAUGAUCCUAGAAUUAAUGAUAGUUUGUGUAACAUAAUUCCAAGAAUAUUAAAACUUAUGGUUGACAAACGGGUUGGUUUUGCUCAUUGUAUUGACAGUACACGAAAAAGAAAAAACAACAUUAAAUAUGCGAACUUUCUUGUUCGAUCUACAUUGUCACACCAACUACUACCGUUAGAACAUACCAUCAAGAUUGUUACUAAUAUUAAUAUAUCAAAUACUUCAAAUAAAUCAAAACAUACGAAACACAACCCUAUGAGUUUAUUGAUGUAAAUCCUUGUAUUAAUCCCAAAAGAUUGGGGUAAAUUAAAUCAACAUUACACACACAGCUAGCUGUUCAGUAAAGUCGUUUAUAGUAUCAUCAAUUAGUUUUUCUUUUAACAUUGAAUUCAUCAGGAGUGAGAAAAACCAGGUUGUUCUUCAGUGAUCUCAGCAGAAUCAGAUGAAGAACUUUCAUAUGUGCUUUCAGAAUCUGUUUCGACUACUGCAGGAAGUGCUCUUUUUUCGGACUUUUCCUUUUUUGUUUUUGUUUGAACGUAAAUAUAUAUGGCACAGAGCCAUUGAUUAAUGUUUUCCGUUCACAACCAAAACCUAAUUUUACACAGUGUACUUCAAAGUGGACUUCGCAUACUUUUGUGUUCUUGUUUACUGUGAACACAUCACACCUCCCCUUCUACGACAUCUUCAAAUGAUGCUUACCCAUUGUUUUCUCAAACUUGGAUCCGAUGGAAAUGAAAACAUUCAAAUGCCUGUUUAACUCUGGGUUUAUUAAGAGUAGAACUUUUGCAUAACAGUACGCAACAAGAGUUACCAGGUCGAGAGGUUGAUAUACUUGGAUAGAUUAAAUUAUGAUAAAUUUCUUGCUGACCUUUCUGAUUGCUACUCGCCAUCACAAAUACAUAUUCUUCUUUUACAAGACAAGUAUGUUUUUAAAUACAUUAUGAGUGGUUUCGUUAAGAAAAACCUGCAAUCCUUUAGAAAAAUACACAAUAAAAGAUCAUUCACAACGCAUAAAAGUAUCACACUCUGUAUUUUUAGUGUUUACAAAGUUUACUAAGAAGUGCCUCGUUUUCAUGCCGAUGAUGUAAUCUAUAAUUUAAAUUCGGGAAAGGUGUAUUAGAACUUAGUCUUAAAUAGAAGGUUAAUUUUCAGACAGUUAAAACACAUUGCCACGCAACACGGGAUUUCAGGAAAAAUACUAUUAUUAAUUUUUAUAAGAGAAAAACCUAUGUGAAGGAACAUCUUAAGACACAAAAUAAUUUUUUCACUUGAAAUUCAAACGUUAACGUUCAAUAAAAACAAGUUCCAUACUAAUAUCAAAGUAAUUUAUUAAUUUCUUAGCGAAGGUAAAGUCUAGAAGGAUCAUAGAUUGCCUUAAAGAAACCACAACUUAACUCUCAUGUAGAAUCCAUCACCCUCUCCAUCUUUGUCGUAACGCAGUGACUUGCAUUAGGUUUUUAACACAUCUGAGUGUAUUUUGAAUGCAAAUUAUUAAUAGCUAAUUACAUUUUAACUUUAAAAACGAACAUUUUUAAAAUGAUCUUACACAUCAUUUUAUAUGCAUUAAAGAUGUCGUUUUUGCUAAAAACCUUUUCCUUACUUUAGCUUGUUGCUUUUAGUUAUUUUCUACCCAAUAUCGAUAUGGCGUAUUGCAACGCAACAUCAAAAGAGUUACUGGGGAAAUCUACUUAAACAAAUGAAACAUAAUUGGUUAUAAAAAUUCUGAUGACGCUAUGUACAAGAAAGUUCUUCUUGCGAGUUAAAUUUAAUUUCUCGCUCUGGCUAACUUGUGUUAAAUAAAAAUUUUAUACAACAAUUAAUUCACAUUAAGUCAUCUUAAGAAUCAAGGUAUACUUAGUGGAAACUAUUAUUACUCACUUCAACCCAUAAAACAAAAAGUUAACCCAUGAAACAAAAUGUUGACCCAUGAAACAAAAUGUUGACCCAUGAAACAAAAUGUUGACCCAUGAAACAAAAUGUUGACCCAUAAUCCAAACAGAUCUUAACAAAUGUCUGCCAGCCUCCAUCAAUAAAUGUAUUAUAGGUGAAAAAUGAAGCGGAUGUUGUAGAAUAAAAAUUUAAUCCAAUUUAUGUACGCAAACUUACAAUGGCUUCCGAAAACACUUACUACGCGCAAAGCCUUCUGUUAGAAGUACAUAUAAAUUUAUAUAAAAAAAUAUAUAAUGAAAAAAUUAGAAACAUUUCAUUCUAGACUGGAAUUACGAAGACUGCCGAUCGUUAGUGUUUAAUUCAGCGUAAAUAAGAUUUUUAUUUCUGGAUUUGGGUGUUAAUGAAUUCCCCAUCUAAAAGAUAUCCAUGCAAUAGCUAAAUAAACUUUUUGUAAAAAUGGCAACAAAUAACCGUAAAAACAAUGAAUUAUACCACCUUGUCACAUGAAAAUAAUUUUUGAAAAUGCGACUUAAAAUUUAAUGGUAUCUUCAAAUAUUAUUGAAAAUGGAUGAAAACUUAUUUGUUUUGUGAAGUGAUCUCUUGUUUGUUUGGAGAAGUCUGUCUGUAAAAAAAUAUUUUUGUACGGUAGACUACCUUUAAAGUAGUGUACAUUAUUAUAGAACGCACAGAAUUAUUGAAAGUAAGUGACACACUUAGGCAUUAAACACAUUACAUUUGACAGAUAAUUCCUGUGAAUGCAUAUUGGAAAGGUUUAGUAACUAUCUGUUUUAUGUUGAGAGAGGGGGUGCGCUUUCAAACUUCUUAAUGCAAAUAUUUAUUCUUUAAACAAUUCUUGUUCUUUCUUCUGAUCAGGCUUAUGCUACAAACAAGGAUGGUGAGUGUCUCAUGUUUUAAAUUUAAAAACGAAAAAAGUAUUAUUAACUGACACAUUGCAAUCACUUAAAUUAAAAACAUCUUCAUAUCUUUAAAUUCUUUAAAAUAGUGACGGAAAAGGUUUAAAGAGUUGAUUAGAAAAACAAUGCACCAUCCCCUUAUCCAUAAUCCCGAGAACCUCUAAUAUGAUUGUCGCAUGCAACAUGACUUUUUGAUUGACAUUAGUUUGGAAAAAAAAAUCUGCACUCUAUUAACCCUGUUAAUACCAAGGUGGGUAAAAUCAACCAGCCUGCUGUGUAUGUUGUAAAUCUUACUGUUUGAACUCAAAGUUGGUGAAAUUUUUCUUAACAAUACUCACAGCAACCUUCGUUCGCUCAUAAAAAAAGAACACUUUAACAUAGAUUGUUGCCGUAUUAGCAGUGUUGGUGUGUUAUUAGUUUUGUCAUUUUUGUUACUACCACUCUUAAAUGUUUAAAGAGGACAUAGGUCACUAUUUUAAGAAAGUCCUCAUCUCUUUAAAUUCCCCGAAAGGACGUCAAGUUAAAUUAAGAGCACUGGAUAAAACUUUAAAAUUUUAUUAACUGACGGCUAAUUGGUAAUAUAGGGUAGUUAUUAUUUUGUGUUGUGUUUACUUUCAUGUACAGUGGACUUUGCACCAAAAUUACGUCAAUUGUUAGAAAGAUAAACAAGUGAAUCUGCGUGCUUAUUUACUCAAUAUACAAACUAAACCUAAAAUAAAUCUGGUAUGUUUACAUGAUGUGAAGUGCUUGCGAGCGUUUACGCAAUUUUAUUUGUUAGUGUUUAAAUUACGGUAUUUAAUUGUACAUAUUCAAAUUUCAAUCAUGUUAGAAUAAUUUAAAUCAAGAGGAGGUAAAACGUAUGUUUCAUUGCCUAAUUUGUGUGUCUGACUAUUAUUCGGUAGUUUACAAUUUCUCUCUUUAUUUCGUACGAUGUACAGUCCACACUGAUAGCAAACCAUAAACCUUUGUCAUGUUAUUUGCACUUUUCUAUACAAUAUAAAGUUAUUUAAUCCAACCUUGUUUUCCCAAGAACGGAUUUACAGAAUUUUCUGAUUAAACUAUGUUUACAUCCAACGCUCUUAUUGUGACUUUGACGGAAAACGACAUGUUCAAAUGAUUUUAAAGGUAGAGACAAAAGGUAUGGUAAAGUACAAAUUUUCUAUCGAUUUCUUAUUGGCUUAAGAUAAUGUCAAAAUAUAUCAUUGAAUGACACUAAUUUCAAUGUAACUAGAAACAAAAACAGAUGAUAUCUCAGAGGCACAAAGUUUAAUUACAUUUGUCUGCGUGUUAACUUUCUUACGUCUUCUUACUUUAUAUUUAACUUAAUUUUAUUUCAAAUUUUGUCAUUCAGAGCGCCUCGCAACAUUAAAACAACCCUAACCAGUUUUAAGCAAUGAAACAAAGCCAAGCUUAUUUUUCAAUAAAUAGAGUACAAAAGCCAAUAUAUCAAACAAGGCUUAGAAUUUAGGAACUUUGAAUAUGAAACAACAGUAAUUUGUUUACUCAAACAACACCAACAAUUUCUGGACAUAUAUGGAGAUAUAAAGUUGCCAAUAAUUAAAAUGUGAUUUCAUUUCUCUUUGCGCAUGCAAAGAGAACAAUAAAAUUGUGGUUGAGUGUGCAUACUUUAUUAAAUUUAAGGGCAAUUGACAGUGCAAGUUUUUAAGCAACACAGAAACUUUAAAGUAGAAAGCAGCCAUUUUGUUUUUACCAAGAUACUAAAAGUUUUAUUGCUCUUUUAAAUUGUAAGUAAUAUAUUAUUUCUCAUUUUGUUAACACUGUUGAUAUUUUUCAAUCAAUAAAAGUAGGAAAUACAUCCUGUUUAAGUCAAAGCAAGCAAGCACCAUCUACAUCAACAUGUUUCUCUGGCACUUACAUGUGUAAACUUCUGAUAGUUCAAGCCUUCUUGCUCAAAUGUUAUGUUGGUUUGUGUAUUAAGAUGUUUUGAUAAAAUAACUUCUGGAACUGUGCACCAUUUAAUAAUUUAAUCCAUGCUAAGUAAAAGAGAACGCCCUUACCUGACUGGUGUGGUUAGAAGAUGAAAAUAAACGUGUUUAUUAUCACAUGAUAUGUUUACAAUCAAUUAUGGUAAAAUACAAUGUCUCUGAAUGAUUAUAUUUCAAAGUUCAUUUCAAAUUUUUACCAAAAUGACCACAUGCAAACACAUCAUCACUAUUUAAUUGUCUUCGACAUGGACUUUUGUAAGAUUUAUCAACAUAUUCGUAACCAAAAAGGGUCACAAAAUAUUGUAUUAUAAAUUUAUCCUGAAGAUUUUUAAAUUUCUUCACCUUCUUGUCUUUAAAAUUUUGACUUUUUUUCCAAACUUGAAUCAAAUCUAAACUGAUGGAGUUCUUGCGAAAAAUGUAGGCAGUCUAAAGGAACUCAAGAUGGAGUUGCUUUGUAUUGUGAUUUUAACUUAAGAAAAUGCUGAUUAAUAUGUGUAAAAUUUUAGUAAAAAAGUGUGAUGUAUUGUGAAAUAAGGAAAAUUUGAUGUUUGACAGUCAUGUUACUUUUUUUAAUGCAGAAAGUUGAAUAGGUUAUACAACCCCUAGGGGCAGUUUACCUUUCACCAAGAAUUUGGGGCGCUGAGGUGACAGCGUUGAAAUGAUUUUGAGAAGGUAAACAAAAGAGUAUAUGAACUUUUUUAACAACAGAAGAAGAAACACAUUUUCCAAAGUUUACAGCCACAGAAAAAGUUCUUAAACAUUUAGUAGCACUGUCGGUCAAAUAUCAGUUAGUUUAGCUGAAACAAGCAAUUGAUAAUUUUUAAACGAUUUAAUCUUCUGAGAUCCUGUCAUGGAAAUAAUAACACUGUAAUACUAAGGUAUUAAAAUUAAUUGGGUCAAGAGUUUAUUAAACACGUCUGUUGUCAUAAAAAAGUUUAAGAUUACUUUAAAGCAUAAAAAAAGAGAUCUGGAAAUGAACCCUGAGGAAAAAUGUUCCUCUUUUUAUGAUUUUUUGACACAGAAUUCCAUAAAAUUCCUGCUGCUACGUGUUGAUAUAAAGCUCAGUAUUUUCAAGUUUUGACACAUUAACCUACUACUUCACCUCACUUCACUACACUGUUCUUGCAUUUUGACUUGUUAGUAACAAAAUAGAAUAUGCAAAAAGAAGAACAUUAUCACUUAAAGUAAGUUCUUAAACAUAUUUCAAAUUUCAUUUUUAAAUGAUGACAAGCACUUUUCUUCAUUUUAUGCCUGUUUAAAUGAUCAUUUCUUUUUGAUAAUUUAAAAAGUUUUCUUGAUUGAUGAAUGUGUAUUUCAGCCUUAAGAGACUAAAGAAGCGUUUUCUCAGUUCAUUUGAGGUUUAUUUUAAUUUCAAAUUGUUAUCUCCCAAAAUAGAUAUUAUUUGGUAAUUUUAUUACGUCUGAAGUUUUACAAUCAAUAUGACUAAGGGGCUACAACACCCCUAUAGGUUUUAAAACAAAGGGCGAUUUUUAAACACUAAAGGCAAAAGCAACAUGAUUUUUUUACUUUAUGUAAAAAAAUCAUGUCCUCUAUAUAAGCUCUGUCUAUAUUUUAGACAUCAUUUAAUCGAUAUAGGAACUUUGCUUUUAAAUUCAUCCUUCUGUAAAAAAGAAUUAUCAACGUUUUUGGUUUCGCCAAUGCAAUCCUGUUUCGAACAGUAUUGGUUUUAAAGAUUCAAUUCACCUGAAGCUCUUCAAAGUUAACCUCAGUAUGGAUAACUUUUCCAUUUUCUUGAGUAGUUUAGAAGCCGGUGAACUAACUAGGCUGAGAAGAAAAUUUUGAAUGUUCUUGUUCAUUACUUGAUUGGUAAUUAUUGCGAAGAUUGAUUGUCGUAUGACCCAGCAAGGGUAAUUGAAAAAGCAAUGAGCAGUAGCAAGAUAAAUUAUGAACAACUAUGGAUGGCCUACCAAAUUUCUGUCAAUUUUCAACAAUACAAAUAGGAAGGAGAAAUUUUUUGCAGGGAUCUAUGGGAAAAAAACGGUGAUAGAGUGACAAAAAUAUUUAAUAGAGAGGAUAGAAAAGAAGAUGCUGUUUUGGACUGUAUUUCUGAAUGGCUACAUCAUACCAGUUACAGUGAUGAAACAAAAGCAGCACUCGAAAAAGUCAAUGAAACCUUAACGGAAAUUGGUACUCUAGGUCUUCUGAUGGACAUGAGUGAUUUGCAAAAGCAUCCUUUUCACCAUAUCAAAGCUGAUCCAAUUCCGUUGGAGAAAAUAACUCGGAAGGAAAUAUAUGAAAAGAUAUCAGCAAAUGCAAUCACACAUGCGAGAGAAAUUGCACAUUUUCUACUCCCGUACAAUCAAAUAAAUACAAUUUAUGAAAAUUAUCCCAAUGACAUUCAACGUGUUUUACUGACCGUGUUAAAAACAUGGGAUGUCUCAACGGCAACUCCAAGCUGGUGUCAUUUAAAAUCUGUUUUGGAACUGUUUUCCAUGGAAAGACUAAUACAUGAAAUUGAAGAUGAAAUACUGAGGGGCUGUACUGGUUCUUCUUCUGUCAACACACCAAGGGCUCGCACACACAAAGAUUUUGAGGGAAAUAUAAUAUUGACAUUAACCUCCCCAAUACCCAACAUAACCAUUCAACGUCAUUCAGAAGAAGAAAUUAAGAAUCUUAACAAAAAUUUAGAUUUUAUCACAGAACAAUCGUCUGAGACAGAGAUGAGGAUAAAAAUUUUCAAAAUGAAUGGCAUUCUUAUUGACAAGUUGGAAAUAACAACACUGGAAGAUCCUAAAUUACAAAUUAUGAUACCAAUAGAAGAGACUCCUCAUGUUCACACCAAUAAAACUAUUAAAAUUGUGACGCAUGGUUAUGCAGAUAUUUUAGAAUUUAUCGAAAAGAUACAAAAUGUCGUGGAACCUAGUGCUAAUAUAGAAUACAUUUCUAAUGGAGGAGAGCAUAGAACAACCGUUACACGGGAGAAAUGGUAUAGGUUAUGUUGGAAAUAUCUCCGUGUGUAUUUUUCUUUAAAAAAUGCAAAACACAUAAUAGAAGCCAUACAAUUUCCACCAUACAGAAAGGGAAACAAGAUAUCUGAGUUGGCUUACCUACUCAAAAACGCUUUAAUGGAGAAAGAAAAAGUUGGUGUCAUCACAAAUUAUAAUACUGAUGAUCAUCUAGAAUUUUUAAAGAAAGAUAGAAUGUCAAAUCUUAGAAAUUAUCAAAAAAGAAUACUAGUUAUUUAUCCUAACCCUGUAAUUUUCUUUAACAUCAGAUAUACAGAAUCUGAAAGUUUAUGUGAUCUGGAAGACGAAAUAAUGGCUGGCGAAGAUGAUAUCAAAUCCUUGCUUCUUCUAAACAAAGGCUUGCUACGAGAUCAGAAGAACUAUUUUGUUAACAUUAUUGCAGCACCAAAUAUGGACGAUGGUAAAAAUUCUUUACCAUGUGGAGAAUGUCAUAUCCUGCACAAAUGUGAUGUAUCAAAUGUAAAACAACUAAAAGACUACUUUACCAAAAUCUUACUAAGACUACUUCAAGACGUCAAAAAUACCGAUAGAAGCAAUUCAACAUUUAUGAAAGUAUUAAGCAACAUAUUUGGUUUUCUUGCAACAAGAAAAACGAUUAGAAGUCACGUACCAGCAAUAAACGCUAAUCCAGUCAAACAAAUUCAAUCACUGAUGCUGAAUACUGAACAGCUGCAAAUAUUAUACAGUGAUGAAAAGAAGAAAAUAAUAUUUGGUAAUUUCGGAUCUGGGAAAUCACUAAUAGCACUUUAUCAAAUUAAAGAUCUUGUUGAAUUUGCCGACAAAGCCACUGUAAUAUUAUACAUCUGUUGGGAAAUAAACAGUAUGUUUGUUAAUGACGUUCAAACAUUUGUUCAAACCAUUUCAACAAAUGAUUUAGUAAAAAUUCAUGUAUAUAGCAUUAUUGAAAUAUGUGCACAUUUAAAUAUUACAAGUGUACCUUCGUUAGCACUUCUCAUUACUGAGUUACUGCGAACGUAUGAAGAAACAUUAAUUCAUCUAAUUGUUGAUGAAUUUAAUGGUGAGCAGCUUAACCUUACUGCAGCGAAAGAUUUGAGAGAAACACUGACGAGAAAGGAAUUGACAGAUUCUUUCAUCACCAUAUUACCCCAUUCACUAAGUAAAAGACGCACUUUGGUCUACAAAGGAAAUGAAGAGCCUCACGAAAACUAUCGAUAUGACAAAACAGAUAUCAAGAUUUUUAAGCUAACUAAAUGUAUGAGAACGACAGAAAAUAUUUUUAAACUGAACAAAGCGAUUGAAGAUAUGUUAUGUGAAGAACGUACUAUAAUAUAUCAACCAAAACAGCCAAACGUAAUAAAAGCAAAAACACCAGAAACUGAUCCAAUUAAAACAAAUCCAUCGAGGAAUGAAGAAAAAAAGAAGACCAAAGAAUCAAGUGAACUAAACACACCUGAAAGUUUAUUUGAUGAAACUGAAAUCACGGUUAAAGACUCUGAAAGAACAUCAAUAAAACCUGGUGCUGGUGCAGAUAAUAAAUCGUCAAUCGAAACACCAAUUGAUUUAGACGUUUAUGCGGCGAGCCUAUCCAAAAUGCCACUGGAUAAGUCUAAGAAGACAGUAACUCAAUAUGACUAUCCUGAAACCAGGUGUAUUGGUCACAACAUAACAGGGAUCAUUCCAAGAUAUGUGACAUUUUUAAAUCAAAAGCAGUCACGCAUAAAACUAGAACAACAGUUGUUGCAUGAUUUAAUUUCACAGCUAGCUAUCAUACUUGAAAAUUCAUUCUCUUCGGUUACCACUAGACGGCUUGUUCUCUGCAACGAAUAUUUUCAUUAUCUUGUGUUGAAAAAUGUCCUGUUACUUCUUAACGUUAAUUUUAUCGAAUUUACCGAAUAUUCAGACUGGCAACCAAAAGAUAAGGAUGGAGUGCAUGUCGCUUUUCCUUUCGAGAGUCAAUGCACUUUGACAAAUUACGUUGGCUGUCGUGGUAAGGAAGCUGAUCAAGUUGUAAUGUGUAUUGAUCCAGCUGCUCGUAAACUUAAGCAUCUAGCGCUUGAAUGUAUGACCAGAAGUCACUCGGAGUUAAUUAUUCUUGGAAUCCAUGCUGGUAAGGCCGCUACAUUUUGUGAGAGAUGGUUACCGUAUUGGCUUCAGAGAUGGUGGUCAGGAGAAGAAUGCUUUGCUCAGAUAUUUGAUAAUAUUAGGAAAAAAAACCUUCUUCAAUUUGAAAAAUGGAGCAGUGUUUCCAUGGAUAAUGAUACCAACCUAACAUCCGAUUGUUGCCAAAUAAAUAUUUGUUCCAAGAAAUACAGAGAAUAUAUACAUUACCUAAAAGAAAGUGAGGUUACAGUUGUUGAAUCAAUGAGUGAUAAAGGCGUUGAUCUAACUGCAUUUAAACUGCUUCAAAGUACAGAAUCAGUUAAAAAUUUGAAAUGUUUAUACAAGAACGAAAGAGAAUGUUCUUUGGCUUGGAGAGCUGAAGGCUUUACUUAUAUUGUACGUGCAAAAGAAAUUGACAAUAACAGUGACUGGUAUGAAGUAUGUCGAACUCGUCAAUCACACCGAACAGUAAAGAACUUGAAACUGCGCUGCAACUAUAAAUUUUCCGUGACUGCUGUUAGUAAUUUGAAUCAUUCAGAUGAUAAAAUAGUCAAAUAUUUUCAUUAUGACAAGAAUUCAUUACAUGCUGUGAAAGAUCUCUUCAAAAUUAUCGAAAACGAAAAUACCGUUAAAUUAAAAAAACUUCUCUCAGUCGGACCAUCUCUCCAUAAUAUGAGGGAUGUAGAUGAUAAUACACCAUUGAUCUGGGCAGCACGUAACACCGACAAUUCUUUAAUGGUGAAAGACUUCAUCGAAUAUGGAUGUGAUGUUUGGGCAAUGAAUAAAUACAAAUCAAACGCUUAUCAUUUCGCAGCAGAGUUUAAUCGUCACACAAUAUUAGACACGUUAUGUCGUCAUGAUGUAACAAACAUCAACCGUGGAGAUGUUAACAACUGGACUCCAUUAUAUUAUGCUGCAUGUUGUGGUAACAUCUCAUGCGUUGAUGUUUUGUUACGUCAAAAUAAUAUUGUUGUGGCGGUUAAAGAUAGAUGGGGAAGAACUGCAUACGACAUGGCUGGAAAAGAGAAGAAUGCACAAAAUCGUGACAAAAUAAGAAGGAUGAUUAAAGAUUACGAAAUGUCAAAGAAAAAAUCGGAAGAUUGAUUUCAACACAAUCAACAAAUUUUUUUGUGAG